AUGGAGCGGGCUCAAUUCGGUGGAACGUCAAAUGUCAUGAAUAACGAAGUCUCUUAUGGAAAUAUGGGGUCGUUAAGUAGGGCAUCAAUUGAAGAGGAUGAAAGAAGCAAUGACUCGGGAGGUGAAGAACAAUAUAGUGCACCAGUUGAUAGCAUGCAAUUUGUUACCCAAGAUGUCGAAGAUAAUCCGGAAUGGCCUGAUGAGGCUUACGUUAAUAAUGACUACGUUGAGUAUGAAGAACCACCCCCCGACGAGUUUGAAGAUGAUGAGUGGAUUCGUUCUUCCACAGUAAAAGAUAUGUGCAUCGGUGAAAGUUCAACUCGUAGAGGAGAUGAUGACGCCCCCUUUAAAGUUGAACCACCCCCCGACAAGUUUGAAGAUGAUGAGUGGAUUCGUUCUUCCACAGUAAAAGAUAUGUGCAUCGGUGAAAGUUCAACUCGUAGAGGAGAUGAUGACGCCCCCUUUAAAGUUGGUGAUUUAUUCGAGACUAAAGACCAAUUGGUUGAUGCUAUUCGUGAAUACUCUUUCGAAAAGAAUUUCAAGUUCAAGCAAGUUAAAAGCAAUCGCACAAGUUAUGAUGCAAUAUGUUUUAUGAACACACAAAGAACAGGUCUGACCGAGGGAAAUGAAGCUGAUUACUCAUGUCCUUGGAAGUUAUAUGCAUUUGCAGGAAAGAAACACAAUUUUCAAUUUAGGAUCAGUGAAUACUGCGGUGUUCACACAUGUGUCAAUCCAAUAUUAGAGCAAGAUCACAGUGGUGCAUCUGCCUCUUACAUAGCGCGGUUGAUUAUGCCAAAAUUAAGGAAGAAGCUUGAUCUAACGCCCGAUAAUAUAAUUGAGAAAGUGCUUGAUACCAAGUUCAUUAAAAUCUCGUAUAUUAAAGCAUGGAAUGCAAGAAGAAUUGCGAUGACAAAAAUAUUUGGUGAUUGGGACAAGUCUUACGCGACACUAGCUCAAUAUCUUGAUGCGAUCAAAAGAAGUAAUCCUGGAUCUGAAUACAAACUCAUAACCAAAGAGAUCGAUCCGGGAGUUCAUCAAUUCACCUCUGUUUUUUGGGUAUUUGGGCCUUCGAUUGAGGGGUUUAAAUUUUGUCGGCCUAUUCUUAGCAUUGAUGGCACACACUUAUACGGUAAAUACAAGGGUGUACUGCUUGUUGCUACAGGAGUUGAUGCAGAUGGUGGCUUAUUUCCUUUGGCCUUCGCCGUUGUGGAGGUCGAGAACAGUGAAAAUUGGGAGUGGAUGAAAGGUAUUCCAAAAGCAUUGUGGAGGAGAUUUGGCUCUCAUCACCAUCAUCGCUAUUGCUUACGACACAUUAGGCCUAACUUCAAAAAGAGCUUUAGUCAGAUUCAUUUACAAAACCUUCUGUGGCAAGCGGGUUGUACGCCGGAAACAUAUGUGUAUGAUCGGAUACGGGAUCAAAUCAAGACAACAUCUCAAGCUGCACAUGAUUGGAUUGAGAGAAGUCUGGGCAGUGAUUACGUCGACCGGUGGGCACUCAGUAAAGAUGGAGGGAAUCGGUUCUGCAUGAUGACAACCAAUUGUUCUGAAAGCUUCAACGGGGUACUUAAGGGGGCUCAGGCAAUGCCCAUACAGGCGUUGGUUGCGAGGACAUUUUAUAGGCUCAAUUACUAUUUUGUCAAGCGGCGAGAGGAUGGAGCAAUGUGGGCCUCGUUCUUGACACCAAAAAAUGAGGCGAUUUUAGAAGCUCGAGUUAAGCAGGCGAGAGGCACGAAGAUUGUUAGAUUUGCUGUAGAUGAAUGGGAGGUUACAGACAAGCAUGGUCACAAUUACACCGUCAAUUUGGGAGGUGCACAUUGCACAUGCACCUGUAACAUACCAGAAUUGCAAAAAUUGCCUUGUCCACAUGUCAUAGCGGUUACGUCUAAGCAAUCGGGGGGUGCAAAUAUUUCGUAUUACAUAUACGCAUCUGAGUGGUAUCAAUCAAGCAACUAUAGAGAGGCAUAUAAGCAGUGUUUCCACCCCGUACAUGAUAGUCGUUAUUGGCCACACUAUAACGGGCCGCAUGUGGUGCCUCCAAGCUAUAAGAGACAAGUCGGACGCCCACAACCAGUACGCUUAAAAGGUACUAUGGAUGAAGGCCGGGAAGGAGCUCCGAAAAAAAAUAGAUGUGGAUAUUACAGACAAGCCGGGCAUAGAAGAUCUCAUUGCCUGACCAAUCCAAAUAGAUAG